AGGUAUGGAUUUUCCUUCGUUUAUGGCAAACGUGCUUUUACGUCCAAUUAGUGAUGGAGGACAAUAUUUCCGAGUCAGGCCAAGAAACAGCUCGGUUCUCGAGGGUGGCGACGUUACGAUACCCUGCGAGGUUGGAAACAGAUUUGGCAUUGUGCAGUGGGUGAAGGAUGGCUUCGCUUACGUCAUACAACCGAGUGGAGAAAUCGUGGGGCACCCACGACUCAAACUAAUAGGAGAUCAAAGCGGCGGCGUCUACAAUCUAAAGAUCACGGAUGCCUCUUUGACCGAUGACGGGGAAUAUCAGUGCCAAGUUGGUCCAUAUAUGCGCAUUAAAGCGAUCCGUGCCAACGCUCAUCUCAUCGUCAUCUCACCCCCGCAAAAAGUAGAGAUCAGCAAUCAUCCGAAGAAGGAGAAAAUCGAGGUGAAAGUGGGCGAGUCGCGUCAAUUGGAAUGUGUGGUUCGAUCGGCGAAACCGGCCGCGUCGAUCGUCUGGUACCGCGGGAACGUGCAGAUCAAAGGGGGCGACACGGAGAUCACGCCGAUCUCCAUCGAGGGUGAUAAAGAAUUACAAAAACCAGGGGAGAGUAAAAAGGAAUUGCUGAAAUAUGACACUCACGGUUCCAUCGUGAUCGUCCCUACAGCUGAUGACAAUGACAUGAAUUACACCUGUGAGGCGAACCACCCAGCAAUACCAAUCGACAGACCUCUGAGAGCCACCAUCAAACUCUCCGUCUUUUAUCCACCCGGAAUGCCGUACAUCGAGGGCUACACCGAGGGUGAGACCGUGAAACGUGGACAACAGUUGGAGUUGACCUGUCGAUCACGGGGCGGAAAUCCACCGGCGCAGAUCGUAUGGUACAGGAACAACGAACAGGUUUCCACGGUGUAUCGAACGGAGGGUAGCUUCUCUGAAAGCGUGUUGUCUAUCAUCGCGAAAGCGCAGGAUAAUAACGCGAGAUACAGAUGCGAGGUGUUCAACAUCAUGAGCGUCGAGCCCAUGAAAGUCCACGUCGAUCUCACUGUACUCUUCGCGCCGUCCGGGGUGACGAUCAACGGGCCAACGGAGGCGAAGGCGGACGAACAAGUGGUGAUCACCUGCACGACAGAGAACUCGAACCCGCCGGCGGACAUUAAGUGGACGGUGGACGGUCACAAUUUCGAGAGCAACGCCUCGAGAACGGAGCCGGCGUCGCAGGGCGGUUGGAUCACCAGUUCGAACGUGACUUUCAAUAUAAAUCGCACCAGUAGAAGUAUCGUGGUGAUUUGCGAUGCCUCUAACGCUAAGCUAACGGAGAACGUCGUCAGGACACACACCAUCACCGUGAUUUAUCCACCGUCGAGGAUUAGCAUCACCGGUUACGAGGAGGGGACGACGAUCGACUCGGGCACAUUGCUCAAACUGAUGUGCACGGCCACUUCCGGAAACCCGUUGCCCAUGUUGAGUUGGUACAAGAACGACAGGAAGGUACCGGGAACCACGAGAACGCGAGACCACGCGGUUUCCAGCGAGCUGACGAUACUCGUAAACGCGUCCGACAAUAACGCGCGCAUACGAUGCGAUGCAGCGAAUUCCGCCACUGAAAUUCCUCUGCGCAAAGUGCUCGUCCUGAAAGUUAACUUUCCACCCGAGAAGGUGAAGAUCACUCGCGAGCCGCAAAAUCUACACGCCGGUCAGGAGGGACGCAUAAUUUGCGAAUCGAGUAGCAGCAAUCCGGCGGCCGAGAUGUCCUGGUGGAAGGGUGGUAUCCCGGUGCAGGGAACCAGAAACGGCACCAAGCCCGGUUUACACGGUGGAUUUCUGUCGUUCGUCGAUCUGGCGUUGGAUCUGACGGAAGAAAUGAACGGGGAGCUGUACACGUGUCAGGCGAGGAACAACGAAAUGGAUAGGGCUGUCCACGACGCCACCACUCUCGACGUGUUGUACAAGCCAAUAUUCUCGCCGAUCGAUCCUUAUGAACUGAUCGGAAUGGAGGGCGAGCCUUUCGUCGUUUCUGUCUCCGCCAUGGGAAAUCCUAACGAAAUAAGGUACACAUGGACCAGGGACGGGUUGCCGUUAGCCAGCAGUAAUCGAAGGAUAUCCGUCCGAGGUUCCACGUUGAAUAUCACCAGGCUGGAUCGACACGAUGCCGGGACUUACGUCUGCGAAGCGACCAACGAGGAAGGGACUACGUUUUACCAAUUGAACAUAACUGUUCAAUACUCGGCGAAAAUUAAACGCACCUCGCCGUCCGGAAUAGUGUAUCCUCCAGGAAUCGAGGCGAAAUUGUUCUGCGAAGUGGAUGGCAGCCCCAUAGGAGACGAGUACGUCGCGUGGCAGAAAGUUGGCUCGAGCUCGGAACUCUCCGGCCGGUAUUCUACCUCUUUUAUCAACAGAACUUCUUAUCUUCACAUCGAGAACCCCGAUCAGGAAGACGUCGGGGAAUAUCAAUGUAAAGUUAACAACGGGAUAGGCAAUGUUACCUCUGAGCCCAUUCUCUUCAUCACCAAUUUCAAACCGCAAAUGAUGAACACCCCAUUGACCAGAAGGGCGGCGGCCAACAAAGGGAUUAACGUGCAAUUGUAUUGUAAAGCGCGCGGAUCGCCUUUGCCUCGUUUCAGCUGGGCGUUCGAUGGAAAAACGCUGUUGCCAAACGUCACCGAACACAAAUACGGAGUUUCGCAUACUAACCUAAGCGAAUUAAUUUCCGAGUCGACGCUGACCAUUUUCCACGUGACGUCGCGCGAUUACGGGAAAUACGAGUGCCGGACGAUGAACAAAAUGGGACAGUCGACGGAUAUCAUUCUUCUGGACGUGACGUCGCCGCCGGACAAGCCUACUGACCUCGAGGUAUACAACGUCACCCACGAUUCCGUCACCCUGACGUGGAAGAGAGGAUUCGACGGCGGUUUACCCACUUCCUAUCAGAUACGUUGGCGAGAGGCGCUCGACUACCAGGAUCGAUACCAUUACCUAGACGUAUCGCCGGGAGAAUAUAAAACCACUAUAACGGGACUGUCCCUCGGGACUUACUAUGUGUUCAGCGUGAAAGCCAUUAAUGAGAAGGGUGACAGUGGCUUUCUGCCGGACCUUGUCAAAGUUCAAACUCUCCCAGGACCGAAUAACGCGGCGAACCUGCCAGACGUUCUCUUGGAUAAGGGGGAUAUUACGAUCAAUUAUAUCUAUACGUUUGCAGCAACAUCCCUCGUCUUUUUUAUCAUUAAUAUCCUGAUCGUCGCGUUGUGGUACAUUAUGAGAAAGCGAAAUAAAUCUCGUAUAAACAAGUCGCAGACAGCGGAUAUGUACGCGCCGUCGAUCGUCAACGGGGACACCAUGACCGGUGAAUUAAGUUCGGUCUCGGACGAGAAGAGCGACGUUAACUUCGACACUAACGAUUACGUGGACGAGGGACGAAAGACAGCGGCUAGCACGUAUUUAAUAGAUCAGACUAUACAGGAUUUUGGGAAAGGGAACAUGGAAAUGCAGGUACAUCAUCAAGGAACGCUCGGUCGUCGCGGCAACCACGUCCAACCGCCGAUGAGCAUGGAUUCGCCGCCCCAGCGAACGACAGCCAGUGGAACUCUUUCUGUCUCGAAAUCCAGUUACAUCGGUAAUCCCAGUCCCGCGCCGCCGAACGACGUGAACUUCUACAGCGUCGAAAUCGAUAACGGACGUUACAUGGGCUACGAGACGAACCACAGUCCGAUUCCUGUGGUCGGCGAUCCGAUGACGGGUAGCUACUAUCCCUCGAUGAGUCCGACCGGGCAUAUGAUGUCCAGCCAUGUGAGCAGCACUGGCACGUUAACGCGUAGUCGAACCCUGCCGCGUCCGGUUCCGCCGCCGGACGUCACCGUGAUGACGGCAGGCUCGAAGUCGCCGAUACCACCCUCGGUACCACCGCCGCCUACCACCUUCGCCCGGUCCGUGUCUGGGAACACGCACGCCCACGGCCACCCGUUGUCAACGUUCACGCCUACACCGGCCUAUUCGGACAUCGAUGGUCAUCUUGUCUGAGGAUCACCGAUCUUCGGCCCUAGUUCGGUGCGUGGUAAAUACCGCGCCGUGCCAAGGGACGAGACUGCUAUCACCGUCACAGAGAGAACCACCCGGCUCUAAUGCGCGACACGCGAAGACACCCUUGGAUUUUCUGUAAACCACCGGGUUCGAUGAACGUCGGUCGUUUCGCGUGGGUGCUCCGACCUUAUACAUAUUAUCCUCCGAACAUGAAAGAAAGUAACGGAAGCAUGUAAAUAGUUAAAAACGGUGUGACGAACCGGGUAAGUUUCGCGGUUUCUAAACGGUAGUGUUAAGAGUCGUUGCAAAAUGGCAGUUACGCAUUCCUUGUAAGUACCUACGCCGCCGCUGGUUUCGUUGUCGAGUACUGUAGCACCUCGGAUCGGAUCGUGUAGUUAUGUUUUCCGCAUAUCAUGUGUUAAGAAGAACGAAGAUCGAAGCGCAGUCAACGAAGCGGAAGAUAUCUUCGUGGCAAUAGUGAUCGUGAUUACAUUAUUUUUGUAAAUAGUUGGACCGAUUUUCGUUCGCGCUUGUUCAUGCGGUUUUAUUUGUUUGUGACGAAUUUGUGCUACAUGAAUGGAUAGACGUUGAACGAGAGACUAUAAGAAUUCGUGAACGGAAGAGAAACUGACGCGAGGUAUGCCGCGGACUGUACUAUUACACUAAGUUACAUUUUACUCGAUUUAAUACCAUCGUAAACUCAUACGAUCCAACAAUCUAGGGUAUAUAUAAACUAGAGGAGAGAAGUAUAAUAAUGAAACGAAAUAUCAGGGAAACUCGUGAGCGGUAACGAGUUUUAGAUUCUUCCUUGAAGGAUACGUUUACACUUACAGUCCGUUUCAUUUUUGUAUUUUCUUACACGAUUCAAUUAAUUCCCGUCGGUUAAGAUACUUUUCGAUGACGCUUUUGAAAGUAAUCUCGAUUCGAAACGAAUUGAACGUCAUCGAGGCCCUAUAACCGGAGCAGCUCGAAUAUCGCUGCUCCCGUGUACAAUCGCGUGUUCCCUUUUAGAUUCAUUUUUUUGUGAAUACCGUCCAUGGUUUCUGUUCGCGGAAUUAGUUGGCAAAGGCAUUGGCAAAAAUGUAUCGACAUUCUUGUUUAAUGUUUCUGAAGACAGAAAGCGAGACAAUCGUUUUACACAGGGAAACAGUUGACGUUUGUUAAAUCGGUGCGUAGUGAUCCAGCUGAUUUCCUUCUUCCCUUUUCCUCCUGCUCAUUGAAAAGACGCGUUCUCUGUGUCUGACCGAACGGAUCGUACUCGAAGAGAAGGAAAACAGAACAACAAUGAUAUACCCGCUCACUGCAGGAACAAGGCUUCGUUCAGAAAUAGUUUUAACGUAACUAUUCCUGAAUAAAAUCUUCGGUGUUAAGAACUGGUGGAGAAACUAAGCGGACACCAGUCUAAUCAUUGCGUACUAAAGAGAUUGUAGGCGACGUUUUAGAUAAGUAAAUUGAAGACAAUUAACGCGAGACGUACAAGUGAUUCGCUUCGGCCUUGUCGAGCUUAUUAUAUUUUGCCAGAUCGUUCGAUACAUUUAGGGACAACGUCUCUUCUUUUCUCUUUAAUUUAGAAUGGUGGUGCAAGCGUACUUUCUACAAAAUGCUCUCUACACACGUUAACAGGAUUUGAUCCACAUGUAAAUGCGAACACGUGUAUUCGUUCGCAUUCUAAAGUCCUUUAUCGUCCGUUUCAUUUAAUUUUUCAAAAGAAACUUAUUUAUAACUCGUUGUUUUUUGUACCGCGAUUUGAACGCGAUUAUUCACUGCCCGAUUCUAAAGUCAGUACUAAUUACGGAUAGUUUAAUUGAUUCCAUUUUCUCGCGAAUGCGUUUAGACGGUGUUUGCGCGCCGUUAUUGUUAACGGAAGCUAAACUAUGAAUAGACACUAACGGAUUUAACGCGUUAAUUCUGUUUCAUGAAUUGUUCGAUGGGAAUCGAUUUUUCGGGUUGAUAUUUCGUUGUACGGGAUUUGAUUAACAGGCUCUAUGAGUUAGUAUGUGCAUACAUACGAAAUACAUGCAAGCGAUUAAACGAUGACACACGACUAGAACCAGGGGAGAAUAUCUAAACGGUUUUCACGUGACGUCCUAUAUAAGUGCUGAUUUUGUUUCAUUUUCGUGUACAGUGUUAUCUGUUAACAAAAUCGGCACGAUUGAUUUUUUAAAUUCGUUUUCACGCGGUACGGUCGGUGAUAACGACUGAAUUUAAGAAAAAAGAAAACUAUGCCAAAUAUUUACGAAUAUUGAAUAUAUUUGUAAAAAAAUGUAGUUAGUAAGUAAUCUUCUUUUAACCGCGAUAGUAACUAUUCACUGCCUCUUCUUUCUUUCUGUACCGCGGAUACGAAACUGUUUUUAUAUGUAUUUUAUCAUCACGUGAAAACGGUUGACUUAUCGAGAAUGAAAAUCAGGAUACACUCGUCACACGUAUUUUCCUAAGAGGGCAAUAGCUUCAAGCCACCAGUAAUAUCGCAACGAAAUAAUAUUCGAAGAAGAACGGAAUAACAUUUUAUUAGAAAUUGACAAAAUUUAAUCAACAUAAUCAGCAGAGUCGACGUCUAAAUGGAUGAUGUAGAAUGAAACAAAGAAAGGAAUUAAAAGAUGCGAGUGUCUUGGAGUAGUGAUAUCUUCAAAAAUAAAAGACAAUAGUACAUAAGUUUAAUUGUACGAGUAUGAGUUUAGUUAAGAGUAAGCUAUUUCCCUGGCACGGCGACAACUUAAAAUUAAUGUUUGCACUCUUGCGUAAGGAUGACGAGACGAAAAGUGAGGCGAGGUGUUUAUGCGAAAUGAGAAAAAUGAUAUAAGACAGAAAGAAAGAACGUAGUUCGACUAAAUGUUUAUACAUACAUAUAUUUUUGCAUUUAUUUCCAUUAAAGAUUGAUUAUCCUUGUAAAUAGUGCGAUAUGUCUCAGCGUUUCACACACUCCACGAAGAAGAUAAUUAACAAACAAACAAAAUAAUAAUGGAUCAUAUGAGGGUCUCACUUUACCUAAGCUAAUAUGAAGUAUUUGUAUAGGAUUAUUGCGCGUUAGAUCACGUAUUAUAUCUUAUUACGAGACAAAACGAAAAUGAAGAAGGGAAGGAAGUUAUUCCAUCGGAUGAGGGACAACGUCUUUCCGUUUAUCGAAAGCCUAAGUAGUCGACGCAUAUAUUUUUUGAAAAGGAGAACAAAAGACACCGCAUACGUUUGGCCUAUUGUAAAAAGGGAAAACGAAUCCACGCGUGAAACGCGAGUUACAGCUCCCGUUUGGACAAGAGGUGAUCAGUUUCGUUCAGAUUCAAUGAGGAGAAGAUGCGAAUUUCUUCCGACGAGGAGGAAAUUAAUUAAGAAACGAAGGAUAAACAGUUCGCUUGUGUACACGUAUACACGUUUAUCAAGAAACGAUGAAACAUGAUUGCUUCGCAAAACUGUGAGUUAAUCGUGAUUAUGAAAUUUUGCAAUCGUAUUUAUCGCCAGAGUCUCGACGGAACUAACCGCGAACGGUGGUACCGACGAUCAAUCGAUCCCACUAUCCUGUUCUCUGUCGUGAUGAUUGAUCGUGCUAUCAUCGUCUCCCGCGUCUUUGGCAAAGUGCAUCUCUCACAGACACAGGAAAGAAAAGAAAAGGGUCGUCGUUCAACAUGAAAUAUCGUAUAGGUACAUAAAAUUUCCGCGCCGUUAUCGUGUGUGUGUGUUUCAUGCUUGAGAAGCAGUUUGAAAGUUUUACGAGUAACACCGUUUUUUCGUAGCACGCGCUAUUUGUUAUAUUUGAUUGACCUCGGAGGAGGAGGAGGAGGAGGCUCUUGAUUUGUUAACGGUAGAUUCUACGAAGCUUAAAGAAAAAGGAAAAUGGAAAUAAAAAUAAAAAUGAAAGGUGUAUUGUUAAACCGCUGCUGUUGUGUACCGGGAGCCGCACCGUUCGGCUUAGACUGAUGAUUAAAGAGGAAGAAAAAAAAAAAAA